UCCACCGCGUGCAACGCGUUUCUUCUUCCUUCCGUCGCACGAAACCUCAACACAUAUAUCAUCUCCCAUCGUCAGAGAGAGCUUGUAGCAAAGAAGAUCGAUCGAUUCCCCGGACUACUAGCUAGAAGCAAACAAGUUUGAGUCCCCGGAGUGUCGGUCAACCAUCCACGGGCAAGCCACCGCCCCGACCAUGAGCGACACCGUCGUCAUCACCGUCGCCGUCGACAAGCCUCUCAUCGGCAAGAGCAGCGCCAUCCAAUGGCCAGGCGUCCGCACGGGGCUACAGGCAGCCACGCCGUCGACGGACGGGAUCGACAGCGUGAUGUUCACGUACAGAUUCAUGGAGGACGAGCCCGCCGGGUUCACCGACGUGCAGGGCAGCGAGGCUGAACCCUGCGCCGGCGGCCGCGCAUCCACCGACACGGUAAACAGUGCAGUCAAGGUAACAUCGACAGAUGAAGGACGGACCGCCGACGACAACGUGCCAACCGCCGCCGAAGUGUGCCCAGAAGCACAGCUCAUGGCUGGCAACUCUGUUUUCUACCUUGAUGACCUUAACGACAAAGGCCCAGUUGUGCGACUCCUUCAAUGGGUUGCUGGUAUAUGCGGAUGCAGCUGGGACUUUGCCGUCCAUGGGUGCCCUGAAGGACAGCUCAUGGCCUGCAACUCUGUUGUCUACCUUGAUGAUGACCUUAACGACAAAGGCCCAGUCGUGCGGCUCCUUCAAUGGGUUGCUGGUAUAUGCGGAGGCAGCUGGGACUAUGCCGUCCAUGGGUGCCCUGAAGCACAACUCAUGGCCGGUAACGAAACUAUCUACCAGAACGGUCUGGUUCAGUGGCUCCUCCGCUAAUCUCUCAUCAGUUAGACGGCUUUAUUCAAAGUCAGGUUUGAAGAAAGAAUAAGUCCCAGUUUGCACGAGAUAUCCCCCGUUAUGGUUGGGAUCCAAGCCAUGGAGGACAUUCAAAUGAGCAUCGGAAAUGAACAUGGUCCAUUUUCCUUUAUAUUUCUGGCUCCUUCGGGUUUGUAUGUUUUUUCGCGAGUGUAUUUCUUUAUAAUCUAGUGGAAAGAGAUUUGAUUGUGUA